AUGGCGCUGUUCCUUUUGGCCUUUCUAGUGGUUCUUAUUGGGGACUCCGGAGUUGGAAAAAGCAACCUUCUCUCUCGCUUCACGCGCAAUGAAUUCAACCUGGAGAGCAAAAGCACCAUUGGGGUGGAGUUCGCCACACGAAGCAUUCAGGUGGACGGCAAGACGAUCAAAGCCCAGAUCUGGGACACGGCUGGGCAGGAGCGAUACCGAGCCAUCACGUCGGCCUAUUACCGUGGCGCUGUGGGGGCCUUACUGGUUUAUGACAUCGCCAAGCAUCUCACCUACGAAAAUGUGGAGCGGUGGUUGAAGGAGCUGCGGGAUCACGCAGACAGCAACAUUGUCAUUAUGCUCGUGGGCAACAAGAGCGACCUGCGUCACCUGCGAGCUGUUCCAACCGACGAGGCCCGAGCGUUUGCAGAAAAGAACGGCCUGUCGUUCAUUGAGACCUCUGCUUUGGACUCGACAAACGUGGAAGCAGCUUUCCAGACCAUUCUGACUGAGAUUUAUCGCAUCGUGUCCCAGAAACAGAUGUCAGACAGACGUGAAAACGACAUGUCUCCAAGCAACAAUGUGGUCCCUAUCCAUGUUCCUCCAACCACGGAAAAUAAACCAAAGAUGCAGUGUUGUCAAAAUAUAUAACAAGUUCAACUCCUCGAAAGCUGUGUACAUUUCCCCAGAUCUGAAUGGAAAUAGAUCUCGAGCUGACAUUACUAUCCUCUCUUCCUUUUUCUCCCCCUCCCCCUUUUGUUUCAGUUAUAUUUUGUCUAUUUUAUUCUCCGCUCCUCCUUUUGUCACUUUUUCUCCUUGUCCUUUAAUUUCAGUUCUGUGUCUCAUCUCUUUUUACAUGGGGCUGCAGCAUUAUCGGAAUGCUAGUCCUGCAAGGCAAACGUUAACAAUCACAGUGGAUCUCCUGACUGGCUGAUCUCAAGAGGGAACUAGAUGACUUCUUUUGAACUUUCACCAUUCAGACACUCCUGUAAACACAACCGCAUGAUUCGAUGACUCCGUUUAUCCAUUUGGGCACCAGUAUUAGGAGCUGUCUCUUGGCCUUUUACAGUCAGUGCCCUGCAGACUACAGCUCCCAUCAUCACUUUCAGCCCCACCGUUGGCUAGCAGCGAUAAUUGGAGGUGUAGUGAAAUGUGUCUGGAGAGUGCCAGGUUGAGAAAGCCACUGCAUUUCAUUGAAUGGGCAGUUGAUGGCCUGGUCUGGGCCCUUGGCAACUUUCCCAGUGUCAAAUGCAGAUUGUUUGUUGGACUGCCUUUGUUUCUGGCCAAGAGCUGUGAUCCUCUUCAGAAGACAAAGUUGGUGGUAACUUCUGUGAACAGCUGGGCCUAAUGGAUUAGCUUCAUGAGCAGAGCCGCCUGUCUCUCCCCGGCCAGAUGGCCUGUGGUCUCGCUUUUGGAGUUGGCUUUGUUGAGGCCACAUGCGUGCAGCAUUUUGAUGGGUUUUUAUUCAGUCUGAGCAAAUGGAUGAUCUCCCCCUUGGAAGCAAGCCGUAGAUCAGUCGUUCCACUGUGCAGAUUAGGUUAUUGCAGUCCAACUGGUUAAGGCCCAAGGUCUGUUGCUGCUGUUGGAUGCCAUGUAGUCGCCUCCUGCGGCAUAAGAGGAAAGUCCCGUCUCGCUCUUCUCGCUAGUCCCUGUGGCUCGUUGUUGCAGUAUUUAGUGUCACAUGAUAUGGGCCCUGGGGAUCAUUUUGCAUGUUGCACAUGUACAGGUAAUGCUUGGAGCUGGGUGUUACAGGUCCUAAGAAACCCAGACUUUCUGAUGAGAAUUGUCAGCAAAACAGGCUCUGGCUCCACUCUAGCCUAGUGCACCAGCCGCCUAAGACUGGUUGGGCUGGUUUAGCUUCUUGGGGCACCAGUUCCUGGCCUGGAAGUGCUUGAGCCUCCUCUGUUGUGCACUAAGAAGCCCAGGGGCCCUCCGCAAGCGUUGGAGCACUUCUGGGUUUCUAGAGCAGAUAACAUUCCUUCAUCUCGUUUCCCCAUGCACUGUUACGGUUUGCAGCCAACACUGCCUGCUCGUCUACAGCACUGUUCAAAGGAGGGGUGGGAUGUGCACAGCAGCACAUACGGAAUUGUAUGGUAUUUGGGAAGCCCAGCUGAAGAGGAGAAAGUCCCUGGUUUAUAGAGAAAGGAAGGAAGGAAGGAAGGAAGGAAG